AACUAAACUCAACACUGUUCGGAGAAUAGGAAAUGGAUCUCUUGCGAACCGUUUUGUAACAGAGUCGGAAUGAAUUGUGAUUACGUGGUGUCAUUUCAUUUAUUUAAUCUAAUUUCCCGCUUUUUUUACCCAGCCAUAAAGUAUGUUUUGCAAUGCACGAGUGGUUUGAAGAUUUUAUCGUCAAUUUCCGGUUAGGAAAGUUUUCGUAUGGGGCAUGGGUACUUAUUUAUGACUAUUAGUCUUCUUAGGCUGUCCUGAGGAAGAGCGCACGCGCUAAGGUGCGUUUACGUAUGAACCUAAAUCUUAAAAUGAGAGUAUUUCCAGUGUGCAGAUGGGCGUUUAUCCUGAUACUAACGUUACCUAUAUGUGUUGGGGAAGAGGUAGAAAAAGACACCUCUACCAAUGUUGUGAAUCCUUGUUGCUAUUAUCCCUGUCAGAACUGGGGCGUGUGUGUCAGGUUCGGAAUGGACCAGUAUCAAUGUGACUGCACACGGACUGGCUUCUAUGGACAGAACUGCACAACCCCCGAGUUCUGGACUGGAGUGUAUCUGCUGCUGAAGCCGAACUCUGAUACGGUCCACUACAUCCUUACGCACUUCCAGCUUCUGUGGAGUGUCAUCAACCGGACCUUUCUGCGGGACUGGCUCAUGACUCUCGUACUCACAGUGAGAUCGAAUCUUAUCCCCAGUCCUCCGACAUUCAACUCCCGUUAUGGAUACAUCAGUUGGGAAUCCUACUGCAAUGUCUCCUACUACACCCGUAUCCUACCCCCGGUGCCAGAAGACUGCCCCACCCCCAUGGGUACCAAAGGAAAAUCUGUCCUCCCAGACCCGAAGCUGGUAGUGGAGAAGUUCCUGCUGAGAAGGGAGUUCAGGCCAGAUCCACAGGGAACCAACCUGAUGUUUGCAUUCUUCGCGCAGCACUUCACCCAUCAGUUCUUCAAGACCAAAAAGAGCAUGGGCAUGGGCUUCACCAGGGCUCUGGGCCACGGGGUGGAUGCCGGCCAUAUCUAUGGGGAUAAUCUGGUGCGCCAGCUGAACCUGAGGCUUCUUAAAGAUGGGAAGAUGAAAUUCCAGGUAAUUAAAGGUGAGAUUUACCCACCAACAGUGUCUGAGGCACCAGUGAAUAUGAACUACCCUCCUGGGCAUCCGGAGGAGCAGCGCUUGGCCAUCGGCCAGGAGGUGUUUGGGCUCCUCCCCGGCCUCACCUUGUACGCCACCCUUUGGCUGAGGGAGCACAACCGUGUCUGUGACAUCCUGAAGGCAGAGCACCCCACCUGGGGGGAUGAGCAGCUCUUCCAGACGGCCAGGCUCAUUAUCAUAGGUCAGACCAUCCGAAUAGUGAUUGAGGAGUACGUGCAGCACCUGAGCGGUUAUCUUUUGGAUCUGAAAUUCGACCCAUCCCUGCUCUUCAAGUCCACUUUCCAGUACAGGAACCGGAUCGCCGUGGAGUUCAACCAGUUGUACCACUGGCACCCGUUGAUGCCAGACAGUUUUCAGAUCAAUGGGGAGGUGGUGCCCUACUCCCAGUUCAUCUUCAACACCUCCAUCGUUACACGCUAUGGUGUAGAGAAACUAGUGGAGGCUUUUUCACGCCAGUACGCCGGACAGAUUGGAGGUGGGAAGAACAUGCAUCCAGUGGUAACCAAGGUAGCUGAGGGGGUCAUUGAAGAAUCCCGAGCUCUGCGUCUCCAACCCUUUAACGAGUACAGGAAGAGGUUUAAACUGAAGCCCUACACAUCUUUCACUGAAUUUACUGGGGAGGAAGAGGUUGCCAGGGAGCUGGAGGAGCUCUAUGGUGACAUAGAUGCGCUGGAGUUCUACCCCGCCCUCAUGCUGGAGAAGACACGCCACCAAGCCAUAUUUGGUGAGAGCAUGGUGGAAAUGGGAGCUCCGUUCUCCCUGAAAGGCCUUCUAGGUAACCCAAUCUGUUCCCCUGAGUACUGGAAGCCCAGCACGUUUGGUGGCCAGACAGGCUUUGAUAUUGUCAACUCAGCCUCGCUGAAGAAACUGGUGUGUCUGAAUAGUAAGUGGUGUCCGUACGUAGCCUUCCAUGUUCCUCAACCCGGGAAGGAGGAGCCCGCCAAGAAACCAUCCACUGAACUGUAGUCUUUUAGUGACUUUACCAUAAUGCAUUGUUAUGUUAGCGUUACUCUAAUGUCCUUGACCACCUAAGAUGCCUGUACUUUAAAUCAAACAAUGGAAUGUUUUUUUGAAUCCCUGUUGUGAAUUUAAAUAGUAUCCUUGAUAAAACCAAUUAAAAACUCAAUCGUCAGAGUAAA